CCUCUUUCUGCUAUUACAAUGGAAAAUAUAAACAUUAUUAAAAAACAAAUACACGGCUACUUACAAUGUCUGUAGAACAUGUAUUUUUGUUCGCUCUGUUCUCUACCCGUUUGUUUAUUUUUGCACCUGCUUGAACUAGCGUAACGUGACUAUAUUUCUUAAAAUAGAAUUACGGGGAUUCCGUAGUUAUUGUUUUCUAAAGAUUUGUCAUAAAUCGUCCAUGUGGAACCAGUCGUACGUCAUACUGCAUAUUAUCUACUUUAUACAUACAAGUGGAGCUAAUUGUGGAUGUUUGGGAUAACUACCUCCACAAAAAGCUGUUUUUUUUACCCUCGUAGAAUUCCUCGUCAACACCAAAAUACUUCGAUAAUCGUCCAGUCUAUAGGAUAAUCGUCCAGUCUAUAGGAUUUACUUAUGUGGGAAGCGGAGGGACCAACAUGUUUUUGGUCAGUUUAUGGUGGAAAUUUGUAAGAUUAACACCACUCAAAUUCUAUAGACAGAACCAUAACCAUAAAAAUAACAGAAAUUUGAGGAGUAAAGAAGAUUUGUGAAUUGAUAUGAUUAUGUUAGAACAUUGAAUGUAAAGACUAAAACUGAUCAAUGCGGUUUAAAGAUGAAGCCUCAACUCGAAAAUUAUUUUGCUUUUAUUAUAAACCAAUUCCAUUUGUUUGUUUUACUAGAACGACUUGUGGGAGGUUUUCAGUUCGAAUAUCGGCCCAAAUAAACAAUCGAUUAAAAUCAAUAAUUGAUCUGUAUCGAUAACUAUAGGUCUUCACGGAUCGUCAUUUAAUAUUUAAAGUUAUUUUAAGGUAAUUACUCUUUCAUUUCCUUUGGAUGAAAUUCAUCCCUGCUUCCCUGCAAAGAUAUUGUGUCUUACCCAAAAAAACCUGAAUCAAGCCUAUUUUGUGGCUUCCACUGGCAAGUUUCUUAGGAAACACUUGUCUACGAUAUCACCCUUGGUGGAAGUGGACGUAAAACUCCAGAAACCAACGAACGAAGGAAUUAGAUGACAUUUUCGCAGAAUGAAAUCGCUAUUAAAGACCAUAAUACGUACAAACUUUGGCUACUAUUCAUCCAAUAUCAGCUAUUUGGAUAUUAUGAUUCCUAUGGUAGAAUUGAAUGUCUUGAGUAAUGAAGAAUAUUUUGCUAUUCUAAAUGAAAAUGGUUCUUGGGAUAAAAAAGCACAGAAGGUUUUGUACUAUAUAAUGGAAAGAACUGAUGUGAGUGGCUUUGAACAAAUGUUGAGGUACAAUAAUGCUCAUACAUUUGUUAUAAACAAAUUUAUAGAACAAAAAAAUGAAGCAAUGAUCAACCACACACCCCGAGAGAAGGGCAUCUGUCGUAUAAGCACUGUUACGACACGGUAUAAGAAAAUCAAACAGUUUGGACUGGGAUUAAAGCAACUAAUUCACUCGGGAAACCAAGAUGAUUUCAAUAGGGCCGCACAAGCCGUGCAUGAAAAAUGGAGGACUGUGGAAUCUUUGAAUUCACGCGAUGAACAGGGCGUAGUUUCGCAAAAAGAGGUGGCAGAUUUGUUAUUUUAUACACUGGAUGCACAAAUAGAAAAUUUAAGGGUACAUUUCGACCCGAACAUUUAUAAUCAUCAGUAUUUCAAACAAAUGGAGCAAAUGAUUAAAUAUACAACGGAACCCCACGUUAGUUCUAUGAUGUUUCUGGCGCGCUAUGGUUCGGCUUUAACACACAAAGAAUCGUUAGAAAAGGGUAUGUCCGAACUCGCUUGUGCUUUGGAUCAUUCUCGACGUGUUGAGCCGUGUAAAGAAAGUGGCAUGGUAUAUUAUAUAGAAAUAAAUAUGCUUUUUAAGAAAUACGAAGCUGAAGGCCAACUGUCUAUAAAAGAGGAACUGUUAGAUAAGACAAACGUAGCCAUUUCCCAGUUUGAAAAUGAACAAUGGGAGAUCAAGGAGGAUUAUAAAAGAAUGUUGCUUUUGAAACGGGUGUAUGUUUAUCUUGCGUUGGGUGUCCAUGGAGAAGAGAUGAAGAAUAUUUCAUGGAAGUCCGAGGAUUUAAACCAAGCCAAGUAUUGUUUAAAUGAAAUUAAGGAAUCUGAAUCUCAACUGGACGAUAGACGUCGAAUGUUUUACUAUACAGCUGAAGCCAUUUGGAAUGAACGAACUGGUAAUGUUGAACGAGCUCUUGGAACAAUAAAAGAAGCUCUUAGUUUGGCAAAAAGGGGUCAAUUUACAAAAGAGGAAUCUGCUAUCAAUGAGCACAUUAAACGCAUGAUAGGAAAAAAUGAAAAGAGAAAAGGGGAUAGGCGACAGGAAGCACUCAAAAACAUGACAGAAAUUCUCCCAGAUAUUAAUAACGCUUUGACAGUAGGCCUAAACUGCUCUCCAGGUUCUGUUUGGCAGGUGCGUCCGUUUCUUUGUCGGGUCUCAUGUAUUGGUUUCUGUUGUGCGGUCUUCUUGAGUUUAUUAAUUGGAUAUUUAUUUGUAUGAUAACUAACGUUCGAGCGUAGCAGCGAUCCAUUUCAAUUCCGGGCACUACUUUUCAGCGACAGCCCAUGGGGGCCUCAUUCGGCGUUUUAUACGAUUGAUCCCAUUGUGAAACAGGGUCGUAGUGUUUAAACAACAGACGCUUUGGCCAGAACGGAAUAUGUAUGAAUUAUACAUUUUAAUAUGUAAUCACGUAUUGGUUUAAACAUGGACCUUAUAAUAUAUAUAAGGUCCAUGGUUUAAAUUAUUGUGCUUGGAUAACUGUAGAUUACCAACAUUUUGUUACAAAAUAUUUUAUGAUCAGGAUUUAGACUUCCCAGUCGAAUAAAUCGGUGUACAAUUAAUGUAGACUCCUACGUAAGACUUUGUAGAUUACCGGAAUCUGCCGAGGUUUGCUGAGUGGCAUUUCCCACACUGAUCCGCAGCGAAUAAAUCGGUGUACAAUUAAUGUAGACUCCUACGUAAGACUUUGUAGAUUACCGGAAUCUGCCGAGGUUUGCUGAGUGGCAUUUCCCACACUGAUCCGCAGCGAAUAUUUGCUUGGCCGCGACACUCGUAAUUCUCUGUGAAACAGAUUGGGCAUUUCCUCGUGUUUGGAUUAAUCCAAGUGCUGCUAAUAUUGCUCAAUUUAUGCUGUGUUUUAAGCAACGUGUAGAGAUAUAAGUAUUCAGGAAUGAUAUGGUUUCAUUUCAAAUUCCACAAAAUACAUAUUUUACAUUUUACUUAUUUUCAUGUAAACCUUUGACAUUAUUUUUUUGUGAAUGGUAAAAAUCCUCUUUUAUAGUAUUUAUAAUUAAAACUUUAAAUAAGUUCAAACUAUGUUAAGAUAUAUUUAUUUGCGUUGAAAUGAAAUGGGGUUUAACGUCCUACUGUUCUGCUCCGAGCUGGGCAAAUGAAGACAGGGAUACGCCAUACAGAGUGUGCUAUGAGGGAAUUUUGCCAGGACAGCGGCAUUAUGGCCUACUCUUAUAUCGAAUUCCAAUUGUCAAGGGAUCUUUUAUGUGUACGCCAAUGUGUACACGGGACCUCGAUUUUUUGUAACAUCCAAAUGACUAGACAGCUGUCCUUGUCAGGCCAUUUAUUUUCGUUAAAUAAACGUAACUUCUUAAAGUUAGUAACUUUUAAUUAAAUGUGUACAUUUGAUAUUAUUAGCAAUAUCUUUCUGAUUUAUUAAAUGUAUACUGUAGGCUAUUGCCUUAUAGUUAUAUAUAAACACAGGCCCUCUGA